GUGAAAGGCGUGCAGCGUGCUGGGGAACCUGUCAUGGCGGGUGGUUUUGAAAGUGGAAGCAAAGAAUUUCUAAUAAGGGUUAUUGUUAGCUAACGUCAGAACAGUCGGCAGUGAAGAUGCAGAGGUCGGUGUCCAGUCUGUCUCUGAGUCCCAGUGUGAAGAUGAAACUGGUCAACGCUGGUUUCCAGUUCACCGCGGACCUGCUGCACCUCAAACCGCUACAGCUCAGCAAAGAGGCCAGUCUGACCCAGCAGGAGGCACUGGAGGUGCUGCAGACUGUGAGGAGAGAGGGAGGAGGAGGUGAUGAAGGAGGAGGAGGAGGAGGAGCAGCAGCAGCAGCAGCGUCAGCCUCUCUGACAGCUCUGGAGCUCCUGCAGAAGGAGGAGGAGAUGAAGAGCAUCGUGACCUUUUCCUCUCAGCUGGACGCUGCUCUCGGAGGAGGACUUCCUGUCGGGAAAACCACCGAAAUCUGUGGAGCUCCGGGAGUCGGAAAGACACAACUGUGCCUGCAGCUGGCGGUGGACGUGCAGGUCCCUCAGUGUUUCGGGGGCGUCGGCGGCCAGGUGGUCUACAUCGACACCGAGGGCAGCUUCCUGCUGCAGAGAGUGGUCGACAUCGCCGCGGCCGCCGUCCAACACUGCUCCCUACUGGUCGAAGACGACGAGCAACGAGUCGCCAUGGAGACCUUCACCGUGGAAACCAUCCUGUCCAACAUGUUCCUGGUGCGUUGCCAUGACUACGUGGAGUUGCUCGCAGAGGUCCACCUGCUGCCCGACUUCCUGUCCGAGCACCCGAGGGUCCGCCUCCUGGUGAUCGACAGCGUGGCGUUCCCCUUCCGGCAGCACUUUGACGAUCUGUCGCAGAGGACGCGCCUCCUCAACGGGCUCGCCCAGCAGCUCAUCGCCAUGGCGACCGGUCACGGCAUAGCCGUUGCAAUGACCAACCAAAUGACCACCCGGCUAAGCGGCGGCGGCCAAUCGCAGCUGGUCCCCGCCCUCGGGGAGAGCUGGGGCCACGCCCCCACCAUCCGGCUCCUCCUACACUGGGCGGGCUCGCGCCGGAUGGCGGCCAUCUUUAAAUCUCCAGAUCACAGGGGCGCCACCGUCCAAUACCAGAUCACCUCCGAGGGAUUCAGAGACGCCGGCCAAUCGGAGCAGCCCCCGAGCAAAAGACCCCGGACACAAAGCGUGGAGCCAGCUGGCAGCCAGAGAGACGCCAGCCGCUGAUUGGUCAGAGACGAAGAGUCUGUGAAACUGACUUUGAUGAGUUUUCUCUCGUUUGGCGAGUGUGCCAGAGGCUAUCGUGCGGAUCGGGACGCAUUUUUCUGCCCAACCCGAGCCCGACACAGUUAAAAUCUAAUUUUGUUCUCAUACUAAUGACACACGUACGUCUGUUUGUGUGGAAAGCUUUUAUUAAGCAGCUGUUGGAAGGCAUUCAGAAAUGUCAACAGAUGAGGUCAUCAGCUCACACGGGACGACAAGCGCACGUUAAUCAGCUGUUAAAAUGUUCAACGUGUUAACCUUUCCUGAUCGCUUUGUUUCCACCGUGGUCAGAAAACCAGCGGAGACUGGUGACCUCCAGGGCCCACGGUAUCACAUGAGUAACGUCAGGGUUAAUAUCCUGUUUCUGGUGAGAAAAUGACUGAACUUUGCUUUCAGUCUGGGCUUUAUUUCGGACACCGCACACACUGUGUACAAAACUUAAACUUAUUCCACCAACUCUGCUCCAGUCGCAGCUACACAUCUACUUCCUCUUUCUCUAUCUCUCUUCUGC